UGUGUCUGCCUGGCUGCAGCUUUUAUAUAAGGGCCACUUCUUUGGUCUGAGCUGUGGGGAAAAAAGGGGCAUCGCAGAGUGUGGAGGAGCCCAGGGGAGCCUGAGUGGAGCCAGGAGCCCGUCCCAGCUGGCUGCAGCUGAGUCAGCAGGGGAAUCUUGUGGAGAUGAUGGUUUUGAAGCUUUUUGGAAUCAUCUUUUUCUGUGGCCUCCUCUCGCCCUCGCAGGAAGUCUUGUCUGGUCUGUCCUGUGCCGUCAGCCCACGGGCAAUGCAGAAUGUUCUCUCAGAUGCCAUAAUUCAUAAUGGGCUCAUCCACCAGCACCUGCAGGGUCUCGUGGUUCCCAACAUCAUGGGUGAAGGGAGUCAGCUGAACUCUCCCACCAGCAUCACGGACCUGCACCUCAUCAAGGUCCGGGUGCCCAGGCUGUCGGUGGUGCUGCUGCCAGGGAUCGGGGUCCAGCUGACCAUCGGGGCAAAGCUGCAGCUCAGAGGCAACUGCUUGGUUGGCCUGCUCUCAGAACUCAUUGAUAUCUUAGUGGAGGUGAACAUCACUGCGAACAUUAAAUGCACAAAUUUUGAAUCUGGCACGUUCCAGGUUGUCACUGAAGACUGCCUCUGCCUUCUUGGGGCCAUAAAGAUCAAGGUCCUUUCUGGCUUGCUCACCCUGUCAGUGAAUGAUCUGGUGCUUCGCCAGCUGACAGCGACUCUGCCUGCUUUGCUCUGUCCUGUGGUUGAUAUUGUGAUGAACCUUGUGAACAUCCAUCUCCUGAGCACUCUCAAUGCGGUGAUCCCGGUGGGCACUGCAGGAACCAUCCACUACCAGCUGGCCAGCAUCCCCUACACCUCUGGCAAGUUCCUUGGGCUGGAUUUAGAUGGUGUGGUGAAGCAGGUGGGAGGCAGCACCAUCCCCCACGACUCAUCCCCCUCUGCUUUGCCUCCUCUGAUGGACAGGCUCCUGCUCUUGGUGAUGCGCCAGAGCUUCCUCAAUGCAGUCCUGUCCCUCCUGCUCCAGCUGCCACCACAGACCUUCCCCUGCACGCCAGAUGUUUUCUCCGGUGCCAGCCGCCUGCGCGAAGCCGUGGGGACCAUCGCUCCUGCCGGGUGCUCCACCUGUCGUGGGACCAGUCCUCUGAGCAUCAAACUGGUGUUGAGAGGGAACCCGCUCAUCCUCCUGGAAGAAAACAAAGCCAGUGUCAAGCUUUCAGUCCUGAUUCAGCUGUUCAGCAACCACUUGGAUGGAUCCAUCCUCAACUUCCUGCUGCUGAAGGCUGACCUUGCUCUAAACGUCCGUGUGUCGAUUGUUGGGGGCAGGCUGGUGCUGCAGCUGGCCUUGGGCAGCACUUCCCUCUCCCUGGAGUCUUCUGAUGUUGGCAUCAGUAAUAUCUCCACCCUGAAGCCCCACUGCAGCAGUUUGCUUGUGGAAACAUUUGUGCCUGUGGUCAAUGGUGUCCUGGGCACGGGGAUCCCUCUGCCAAACGUGCUGCGCAUCCCCUUAGUGAAUGUGGAUUUCCAGAUAAAAGCGGGCCUGAUAGUGUUUCUGGUGUGAGCUGUGGAGCAUGGAGAGAACUGUGAGGGCAGAGAGAGGAAGGAUGGAAUGCCAGGACCAGCAUUAUCUGCUUUUCUUUACCCAACUUGAUUCAAUAUUCUUGAUAAUAUUUAAGACCCUUUAAGGUGAAUUGGCUCAUGUGAGUGCAGUUUGACACUUGCAUAAGCCAAACCUGACUGGCAGCUCUGUGUACAAAUAUUUAUUUAGAGAAGUUGGUGUGAUUUUGGGGUCACAGUCACAGCAGUUGAAUGUGGUGCUGCAGUGGAAUUGGGAAAUUUGUUCUGAGGUAAAACUUUUCCUGAUAGAAUGAAAAAGUGAAUUUGUUGCAUGUGGAAGUGAAUCUCCCCAUCCUUGUCCAGGAGGGUGUGAAGUGCUGAGUGGGAUCUCAGAAUACAUUUGACAUGUAACUCUUUUAAUAAAUGUUCCUACUUUUUUAGUGCUUGGA